AUGUUCGAGUCUUGGAUGGAUGCAAAUAAAAAAUAUCCAGAAGGUAGGAAUCUUACUUAUGCAGAGUAUCCAACUCAAUUUGUAUAUAAAGAAAGUACACAUGAAUGGCAUCCCAGAAAUCAAGGAUUUUCAAUUGGAAGAAUAAAUCGCUUUUCUGCCAAUAAUGAAAAAGAUUCCUAUCUCCGAACUUUACUUAAUUUUCAAAAGGGUUGUACAAGUUAUAAAGAUUUGAGAACGGUCAAUGGGGUGCUUUUUCCCACAUAUAAGGAUGCCUGCUAUUCUUUGGGGCUUUUGGAUGAUGACAAUAAGUACAUUGAUGCAAUUAAGGAGGCAAGUUCUUGGGGGUCAGCAACUUAUUUGAGAAAUCUGUUUGCCUUAUUGUUAUUUGGUAACUCAAUGAACAGGCCUGAAAAUGUUUUCCAAAAAUGCUGGGAAUUACUAUCUGACGAUGUUCUUUAUCAGCAUAGGCAAAGAAUUGGACGUGAAGAUGCUUUGCUUACAGAGGAUUCUAUAAAAAACAUAACCCUCGCAGAAAUCGAUAAGGUGUUGCAAAGCAACGGUAAAUGCCUCUCUGAUUACCCAUCCAUGCCGAGCAUCAUGGGUGAAUCUUUAUUGGAUAUGCAGAAUAGAUUGGUGAUAGAUGAAUUGUUGUAUGACAGUUUCUCUUUGAAAGAAGAGCAUGACAGACUACUGAAUUCACUCACUGAUGAGCAGGGGGUUGUUUAUGACAAAAUAAUUUCAGCUGUUUCGGCAGGUAAAGGGGGAUUUUUUUUCCUGUACGGCUUUGAUGGGACUGGAAAAACAUUUAUUUGGAACACCCUGUCAGCAUUUGUUCGAUCUCGAGCUGAAAUAGUGCUUAAUGUUGCUUCUAGCGGAAUUGCUUCACUUCUUCUUCCUGGAGGACGUACAACACAUUCUAAAUUUCGUAUUCCUAUAGAGAUCACCGAAGAUUCAACAUGUAAUAUGAAACAAAAUUCUACUUUGGCAGAGUUGUUGUCAAAAAUAAAGUUAAUCAUUUGGGAUGAAGCAUCGAUGGUACACAAAUUUUGCUUUGAGGCUCUUGAUAGAACACUUAAAGAUGUUCUUAGCUGUGUUGAUAUGCCCUUUGGUGGAAAAGUUGUCGUUCUAGGAGGUGACUUUCGACAAAUAUUACCUGUCAUUCCAAAUGGCAGUAGACAAGAUAUAGUUCAUGCAACCAUCAAUUCUUCCUAUCUAUGGUCCCAUUGUCAUCUGUUAUCUUUGACCAAGAACAUGCGUCUCAAUUCUGGAAGAGAUGGAAAUCUUGGGGAUAAUGUUGAUGGAGAAUCUAUUAUAACAAUUCCAGAUGAAUUGUUGAUCAAAGGUUCAGAAGACCCACUUUCAGAUAUUGUUGAUUUUGUUUACCCGAAUCUGAUGGAUAAUAUAUUAGAUCCUACUUUCUUUAAAGAACGUGCUCUUCUGACUCCUAAAUUGUCCGAUGUUGCCAUGUUAAACGAGCACUAA